GGCCUCAGAAGAGCAAACAGCUGGCACAUCAGCAACCUCAGCUCCUUCAGGCAGUGCUCUGAAUAGCUACGAAGUGGCUUUUUCUCACCAUGGAGCUGUUAAAAAUAUCACAGAGGCUCAAUGCCCUGAAAUGUCCAGCUGUUUGGGUUAGUUUCUCAUCUCGGUGCAAGCAGAUCUAUCCCGCUCCUCGGUAGACAAGAUCGUCACCCCAAGAAACAUGGGAAGCAUCAUAUUUGCAAACUGAAUUAAGGGUUUGUGAAGCAGUCUACCAGCUUCCAGCUGUAGAGGCAUCCCGCACCAUUUCCUAGUUGGUAGGAUGGGCUCGUGAUACUUUCUAUGUCAUCAGAAAUAAUGUGAAAUUUGGAAAUAGGAUUUCCAGUGUUAAUAAGUAAUACCUGGAAAUGGAAUUGCUGAACCACACGGUAUAAGUAAAUGUCAAAACCAUUUUCCAACCACCGGUAAAUAAGAGUCCCGGGCACGUUACAGCCUCACCACAACUUGGUAACUUCUGCCUUUUUCAUUUUAUUCACUCAGAAACAAAGGCAUGUUAAAAACAGAUGUCAAUCUCCGUGAAAACAAAGCCUUCUAUAUUCACGUAUGCACCAAUCUCCCAAGUUUUGUGAAGGAAAACAAAAUGACGAUGACACUCUGCCGAUGCUGAGGGAUGGCCCGGUCGGUCGCUGGGGUUCUUCAUCAGCGACCUAUGAUAAUAAGAACAUGGACUUCUGCUCGUUAAAAUUUACUGACCAUUGUGGCUAAUCACCAGGAGGCUGGAUUCUGGCCUCCAACUAUUGAUAUCUUUGUGAAAAUUGAUCUAUAUCCGCCUCUUAAAAGCACCAAUGAUUGAAUCAGAACUUUUGAAAGCAAAGAAAAAUGGACACACAUUCUUAAAAAAGAAGGAGAUGUUGAAAGUGAACUGGAAGGAGGCAAGACUUACCUUGCUGUGUACCUUCUAAGAACAAAUGCAAUUGCCACCUUGAUACGAGAAAAUGAACAGCACGUGUAUUGAAGAGCAGCACGACCUCGAUCACUAUCUGUUUCCGAUUGUUUACAUCUUUGUGGUCAUAGUCAGCAUCCCAGCCAACAUCGGAUCUCUAUGUGUGUCUUUUCUACAAGCAAAGAAGGAGAAUGAGCUAGGAAUUUACCUCUUCAGUUUAUCACUCUCAGAUCUGCUCUACACAUUAACUCUCCCUCUAUGGAUUAAUUACACUUGGAAUAAUGACAACUGGACCUUCUCUCCUGCCGUGUGCAAGGGGAGCGCUUUCUUCAUGUACAUGAACUUCUACAGCAGCACGGCCUUCCUCACCUGCAUCGCCGUUGAUCGGUACUUAGCAGUGGUCUACCCUUUGAGGUUUUCUUUUCUAAGGACAAGAAGAUUUGCCUUCAUGGUCAGCCUAUCCAUCUGGGUAUUGGAAACCUUGUUCAAUGGUAUCAUUCUGUGGGAAGAUGAAACCACUAUAGAAUAUUGUGAUGCCAAAAAGUCGAAUUUUACUUUGUGCUACGACAAGUACCCCCUGGAGAAAUGGCAAAUCUGCUUCAACUUCUUUAGGACGUGUACAGGCUAUGCAAUACCCUUGGUCAUUAUCAUGAUUUGCAACCAGAAGGUCUACCAAGCCGUGCAGCAUAACCAAGCCACUGAAAACAAUGAAAAGAAGAGAAUCAUAAAACUUCUUGUUAGCAUAACACUGACUUUUGUCUUGUGUUUUACUCCCUUUCACGUGAUGCUGCUGAUUCGCAGCAUCUUAGAGCGCGAUGGGAACUUCGGUAAACUUACCUUUAACCACAAGUCUGGGAAGCAGACUUACAAAAUAUACAGAAUCACGGUUGCAUUAACAAGUUUAAACUGUGUUGCAGAUCCCAUUCUGUACUGUUUUGUCACUGAAACGGGAAGAUCUGAUAUGUGGAGUAUAUUAAAAUUCUGUACUGGGAAGCUUAAUAACCCAAAAGUACAAAGAAAAAGCAUACUUUCUAUGUCUACAAGAGACACCAUGGAAUUAGAAAUCCUGGAAUAGAAGCAAAGACUUUUUUUUAAGGUACACAGUAUCAUAACAUCAAGGUUACAUUCUGAAGAGGAAAUUAAGCAUAGGAGGGGACAAAGUGUUCCAAUUGAAUAUUUUAAUUCUAUUCAAUGGAAAUCUUUUGGAAGUGUACUGUAUGGCUCCCUUUUAUUAAAUUGAAUAUUGAAUAAAAUUCAAAGUAUUAAAAAAUUCAAUAGUA